ACGGGCAACGUUAGAUUUUCUUUAUUCGCAACGAAACAACGGAUUCUCGUUUCGCUUUUCCUUUGUAUAAUUACAUUCAGAUAUACAUAUAUAUUGUACAUGUGUAUACGCGCGCGCGCGCUAGUGUGAACGGAAAAGAAAAGGUUGAUGACAAUGCAACGAGUCCAAGAUCAAGACAAUGGUAUCAACAUCAAAUUCGGUGCAAGCAAAAAUAAGAAAGGAAACUAUAGACUUGUAUCGCAGCACUCUGAGAACGAGAAAAAAAGCAACUUCAAUGGGACCAAUAAACAAGUUAAAAAUGUAACAACUGAAGAGGACCUAGUCCCACCAGAUGGAGGAUGGGGAUGGCUUGUACUUUUAGCAUCCGUUAUGGUCAAUCUACUUAUUCCAGGAACAGUGAAAUCCUUUGGUGUUUUAUUUGUUGAAUUUCUUGAAGUUUUUGAUGCAUCACCUUCUGCAGCUGCUUGGAUACCAGCUUUAUGCUAUUUUUUGUAUAGUUCACUUGGACCCCUUUCCAGUGUACUAUCAGUUAAAUACUCCUAUAGAACAGUGACUUUACUGGGAGGAACAUUUGCUGCUGCAGGAAUGAUGCUAAGUUAUUUUGCCAACUCUGUGGCCUUCUUGUGUGUCAGUUAUGGUGUUCUGGUAGGAACUGGAGCAGGGUUAUCUUUUCCCCCAACUGUGUAUAUAGUAACUUCAUACUUUGUACGGUUACGUGGACUUGCAAAUGGGCUCUGCAUAUCUGGUAGUGCAUUAGGUUCAAUAUUUCUUCCACCCAUCCUAGGAAUUCUUCUACGAGAGUAUGGUUACAGAGGUGCAGUAUUAAUAAUGGGUGCUGUUACUUUGAAUGUAUGGGCGAGUGCUCUUUUGUACGAACCGGUGGAAAGGCACAUGGUACCAGCAUCGUCGUCGAGCAAAUCGAACGACGUCGACUUGGAGGCCGCCUCGGUCACAGUAGCUAGUCCCGAAGAUGAGAAGCAAUCGAAUCAUGUUGUUUCUUCUUCGAACGAAAACGAAAAAGCCGCGCCAAUGGUACCAAAGAGUGCGUCCAGUGUCGCUUUAGAGUAUUACAAGAAUACGCCAGUUCAAGGUCGAACGAGAAAAAUUAGCAUGCCCACGGGACGGGAGAUAACAGGCCAGAUGCACAGCACUCCGGCGUUGCACGCUGUUCCGGAACGGGGCGGAGAUUCUGCCAGGCUAUCGAAACGUCAGAAAUCGCCUUUACAGUCACCGAGCAUGUCAUCUUUUAAUUAUAUCAGCACGCCGUAUCAUGGAAGCACGCUUUCCGCUAUACAUCCGGAAAGGGCGUCUACGUUGACCUUGAACGCGAUAUCGAGCACCUUCACGAGGAGGGGUACCGAAGAAACGAACAAGAACGAAGUAAAAGAGAAGAGGAACAAAUUCUUUGACUUAAGUUUAUUAAAGGAUCCUAUCUAUCUGGUAAUCUUGAUUUCCAAUUCAACGAACGCUGUUAGUUAUACGAAUUUCGUCAUCUUGUUACCAGCGUACGCUAUAUCGUUGGGUUUCGACAAAAAUAUGUCUUCCCUUCUUCUUUCGACCGUCUCUAUAUUAGACCUGAUAGGACGUAUCGGAGGCUCAGCGCUAUCCGAUGUCUCGAUCAUGCCAAAGCAUUGGUAUUUCGUUGGCGGUUUGUUCAUUUCUGGAAUUUCGUUGGCUCUUCUCCCUAUAGCCACAAGCUACACCAUCCUGUCGGUUUAUUGCGGUGUUUUCGGAUUAGCUUCCGGUAUUUACGUUGGUAUCACCGCGGUUAUAAUGGCCGAUAUGUUAGGGACCGAGAAGUUAACUUCCUCGUAUGGUAUCUCGUUGUUCGUAAAUGGAAUCAUACAGUUGGUUGGCCCUCCAAUUUGCGGCAUUGUAUUUGAACAAAUCGGCAGUUACGGGCCGAUCUUCAGCAUCUUAGGAAUUAUUCUAGUGGUAGGCGCGUCGUUGUGGGGUUUUGUUCCAUUUAUUAGGAAACGACAAAAAGUCGCAGAGAAAGCGAGUCCAAUUGAAAAACUAUAGUUUAUGCACUAACUGGCAUAUUUCAUGAUGGACAACAAGAGCUUAAUUAUAUGGUCAUUGUAGAAUUUCAUCUAACAUGUAUCGAUUACAUACAAUAUAUACAUAUAAACACACACACACAGUCACACACGCGCGCACACACACACGAUAACGAGAGACAUGUUUACGAAAUACUGUGAUGUUAGAAUGAAUGUUAUGUAUGUAAGUACAUAUAUACUACUGGCACUGUGAUGAUGUUAUAUAUAUACAUCCACGCGUACAUUUUCAAGUGGAUUGAUAAGGAAACAAUUUUCAAAAGAUAUAUUUUUAAAAAAGACAAAGGUUCUCCUUUCUCGUAAAUUGGAAGUGUCUUGCCUUACAUUUGAAAAGAAAACUUAUUUCGCGAAAGUAAGUUCUUAUUAGUACUAAAGUAAAAUAUAUGAAUAUAUUUAAGUACUUAGUUUAGAAAACGUUCUAAUUGCUGGUGCUAACGUAAUAAGUAAAACAAAAAAAAUGAAAGAUGCAAUAAUAUAAUUUAACCCUUUCGCUUCGGCAGUCCAGUCCAUAAAUACGCACAGUGUGCGUGGUUGCUGUAUAUACGUUUGUCUAAGUCUUAAAUAACAAUAGUUCUUGUAAGAACCGUAUAUGAAAUAUCGUUUCACUGUCAAUGGAUUUAAUAAAUUUUUAAGAUGAAACAGUAUACGAUCGUUUGGAUGUUCGAAAUAUAUUGCGUGAAACGUUUUGAUGUUGUUGCAACAAUGAGUAACUUUAAGAAGUGAUUAAUCCAAUAUGUCAAUAAAAUCAACAGAAAAUGUUCUGCCGAUAACGAAAAAAUAUAUUAUUGACUACAGAUAGCAGUUGUAUAUGCAUCAUUUGGAUGUCGGAUAUAUGGGGUGCCGGACUCAGGAAUCGUCGCCUAUAUGCGGUACUCGUACUCACAGAUCAUCUCGCGGAUGCCGCUUAUAAGCGGCACUUGAAGCGAAAGGGUUAAUGCAUAUAAAAUAAUCUUAGUGUAUGUAUAAUUGUAUAAAGCAAAGGUUGAGUACUUGUACACUUCUCUUAAGGAAAGAAUAUACAGUAAUUCCUAUUGUUAUAUACACGUAAAUAUUGAAUAUAGGAUCAGUCAAUUUCGUUCUUGAUUCAAUUUGUUUACAACUCACCGAAAAAUAUGCCUUAAAAUUAGGAUAUAAGCACUUUGUAAUUAACGAAUUACGUUUAUAUUAUACAAUAUGUAAAAUAUAAAACGAUACAAAAUGCGCAUAUUUCACUUGAAGUUAUCUUACACGGAAAAUACAUAAAUUGUUCAUGCUACUAGGGUCAAUAAACAAAUUA